UUUGACAUUUGACGUUUAGGACGCCAUCGCCAGCUGAUAAUAGUGUGUUGAAAAUAAAAAUGAAUUCAUUAUUGUUGAUUGUAUGAAAGUUACAAAUUGGAUACGUUCAUUGUUUUCUCCUUAUAAAAAUUGGUGGUUACUAUGAAUUUUUCUGACAAUGAGGCUGAUGACACAUCAAGCGUUGAGAGCACUUCUAAUACAGAUAAUACGUCGCGUAGUGAGACCCCAACUAAUUCACGUGUAAAGAAACGACGACGAGGCAAGAAAAAAGUUACUAAACAAGUAAAACCACCAUAUAAAUUUAAUUGCAGUGCUAAAGAAGACCAUGGCUUACCAUUAUUUGGAUGUCAAUUCAAUCACCAUUUGGGAGAGGGGGAGCCUCUCAUCUUUGCUGUCGUGGGGAGCAACAGGGUCUCUAUAUAUGAAUGUCCUGAAUCAGGUGGAUUCAAAUUCCUGCAAUGUUACGCUGACCCAGAUGUAGAUGAAACAUUUUACACAUGUGCAUGGUCAUACGAGGAAGAAACCAACCUGCCUCUGUUAGCAGUAGCUGGCUCGAGGGGUAUAAUACGUAUAUUCCAUCCGGCUACACACACAUGUAUAAAGCAUUACAUAGGACAUGGUCAUGCAAUCAACGAGGUCAAAUUCCAUCCUAGAGACCCUAAUUUAUUACUCUCAGCGAGUAAAGAUCAUGCACUUCGUCUGUGGAACAUUAUGACGGAUGUGUGUAUUGCCAUCUUCGGUGGAGUAGAAGGGCAUAGAGAUGAGGUUUUAAGUGCCGACUUUGAUCUCAAAGGGGAGAGGAUAAUGUCCUGCGGAAUGGAUCAUUCACUAAAGCUAUGGCGUCUUGACAAACCAUCAAUGAAUGAGGCUAUCAAACAGAGUUAUAAUUUUAAUCCGCACAGAGCGUUGAGACCUUUCAAUUCGCUGAAGGAACACUUCCCUGACUUCUCUACGAGAGAUAUACACAGGAACUAUGUAGAUUGUGUCAGAUGGAUGGGAGAUUUAAUAUUGUCAAAGUCGUGUGAGAACGCAAUAAUCUGCUGGAAGCCGGGUCGGCUGGAGGAGGCUGAGCCGCGGCCGGGGGACGGCGCUGUCACUGUCGUACACCGCUUCGACUACAAGGAGUGCGAGAUAUGGUUCAUACGCUUCGCAGUUGACUACAGCCAGCGGGUGAUAGCGCUGGGCAACCAGAGCGGUAAGACGAUGGUGUGGGAGCUGGGCAACGUGGCCGGCGGCAGUCGCGUCUCUCAGCUCGUGCAUCCGCGCUGUGUCGCCGCAGUCAGACAGGUGACAUUGUCUCGCAACGGCAAAGUUCUGCUGACGUGCUGCGACGACGGCACCGUGUGGCGCUGGGACCGCGUCGCCAACAACAACUGAACACGUGAGUUUACAUUGUCGCUAUACAUGUAGCGCAACUAUAUUCUCUACAUAUUGAGGUAAUACAAAUAUCAUAGCAAUAAAAAGCUACAUUCUCAAAUAAACAAGACUGGCAUUAGUCCAAUUAUA